CGAAAAGACGGCAAACGAAUGCCGGAAAGGAGCUGUGGUUGCACACGUCCCAUGUGCAGAUAACUGCCAAAUAUGCCGAAAGGGUCAAGAUUCCACGUUGACUUCCUGAGCGGCUCUGUACCUUGACGGACGCCAGCCAGUUGGUUGCCGACCGACAAUGGAUCUGCCAAGCUCCUCCCAUAUAUUUUGCCUGGUUGAUGGUGGAGGCAGCACUUGGCUCCUCUGGUGGCUUGGGACUGGGGAAGGAUCUGUCUUGGGAGUUCAGAAAGCUGGUAUAAGAUCAGGAGGUCACCCUUCGAGAAUGACAAUUCUACUACCCAACUUUUACUCAAGGCCAACCCGCUUGUCCACCGUCACUCCCAUUCCUUGCCAGUCAAGAUGUUGUCCCGCUCACUCCUCCUUCUGUCCCUUCCUCUCCUCAUAUCAGCUCAUUUCGAGCUGACCUUCCCACCAUCUCGAGGCACCGACGAUAAGAACCAAGCCAGCUUUCCAUGUGGCGGAUACUCACAAAGUCAGAACCGAACACUGGUCCCUUUGACCUCCAUUCCCGUCGUAUUGGACCUCGGCCACACGGAAAAUCUGAUCCAAAUAACCUUGGCCAUCGGCAACGAAGUAGGCAGCUCUUUCAACUAUGAGCUCCUCCCGACCAUUCACGAAAUGGGCCCAGGAGACUUCUGCCUUCCAAGCAUACCAGUCCCCGCCGACUUGAACCUCACCGACGGCACAAACGCCUCCAUCCAAGUCAUCACGAACAGCCACGAUGGCAGUGGACUUUACAACUGCGCAGAUAUCACAUUCACGUCCACUGAGGCAGAGUCACCGUCGGCCUGCACGAAUGGGACGGGUAUAAGCGCGACACCACUUGCGGCAAACGAGUACACCUACGCCAAUGAGUCGACCAGCCACGAGGGCCACUCGGGCUCGAGCUCUGCCACCGGAUCCGCAACGUCAACGGUCUCGGAGACUGCCAGCGCUGCCAGCGGCACUGCCUCUGCAUCUGCGUCUGCUUCGGCGACUGGUGAAGGCAGUGGCAGUGGUGCCUCGAUGCUGAGCAUUGGAUGGGGGUUGCUAGGUGCGGCUGUGCUAGCUGGUGUCGCCGCUUUGUAGAGUCGCGAGAGUUGCUAGAGUCUAUCACAGUACGUAGUAUGCUGUACGGCGUACAGUGUUGUAGCCACAGCGGAGUUUCACCUCGUAAAAAGACUCAUUCGAGACCGAUAUAUGCCUUCUAUCUUAGAACACGCCGUCACCGAACAGAACAGCAAGUAAGGCAGCA